UUAGCGAGCAACCAAAUCACAAUUCCCAGUCCAUUCAUUCUUUCUCGCCCUUCUGUGUACAGAAAGCAGUAAAUCCAUGGGGAAGAUCCAUUCAAUUUCUCCUUUUCCAGUUGAAUAAUUAAACUGUAUGAUAAAAAUGGAGUCACUAGCGCGACGUCGUCUUCUUAUCCUUUCUUCGCAUAUUAACCCUCCUGCGGAAAUUUUGCGGCCAGUUUCUCCUCUUUUAGCUUCAACUUCUGCUUCAGAAAAAGGCGAGAAGGAUAAUUACAGCAGAAGUGAUUGUGUUUUUUGUAAUAUUAUUCGAGGAGAGGCGCCUGCUUUAAAGGUAUAUGAAGAUGAUGAAUGCCUAUGUAUUUUGGAUACUAAUCCAUUGUGUCAUGGGCACUCACUAAUUAUCCCAAAGCGUCAUUUUUCUUCAUUGGAUGCUACUCCUCCAGCGAUUAUAGGGGCCAUGUGUUCAAAAGUACCUUUGAUUAGCAGUGCAGUUAUGAAAGCUACUGGCUGUGAUGCUUUCAACUUGCUAGUUAACAAUGGUGCUUCUGCAGGCCAAGUUGUAUUUCAUACUCACAUUCAUAUAAUUCCUCGUAAAGCACAUGAUUGUUUGUGGGCUUCUGAGAGUCUGAGACGGCGCCCACUAACGUUAGACAAAGAAGCUGCACAUCUUGCAAAGUGCAUUCGUGAAAAUUUUACUUCUUCGAACAACCUUGAAGCUAUCAAGGGUCAAGCGUCUAGUCUCAUGGGGAGCUACAGAGAGAGAUGAUAUUUGUCCCGUCUGUGUUUUUUGUGUAUUGUAUGAGAUAAUUUACAGGAGCCAAUUUUUCCAGCUACUUCAUUGAAACUGUAGAAGUGAAUAUGAUAAUUUCAAGAAUAUGAUAUAUGUACUCGCUUAUGAUUUCACUGUGAACCAAUAGAAGAAUGUUACGUGUUUGGCUU